CCGAGGUCUCGAGGUAUUCCUCUGCCGGGCGCGGUCUGGUUCCUUCAGGAGGGAAGGAAGCACACAGACACAACCAAUCGUCGAUCCCCCCAGAAAAUCCCCCCGCCCUCGUCCGGCCCGCGCCCUCCGGGGCCACUCCAGCGAGCCGCCCCCCACCACCGGGGUCCUGCGCGAGGUGGCCAGCCUCCGCUGCGGCCCCCGGGAGGGCCAGGGCUGGGCGGUGGAGCUGGAGCUGGUGGACGUUGGCUCCGUGCCGAAGCUCGAUGCCAAAUCCGCCUCGUACCAGCCGUACUUGGAGACCAUCGACGCGGUGGUGGUCGUCCUCGACGCCACCAAGACGGCGGUGCGUUUCCGACAAGACGAGGUGGAGAAGACCAAGAGGCUCCUGCACACCAUGGCCCGGGAGCCGGAGCUCCGCGGGAAGCCCUUCCUGGUCCUCGCCAACAAGUGCGACCGGCAGGACGCGCUGACCGUCGAGGAGGUGGUGGACUCGUUCGGCCUGGGCGACGCCAUGCGCGGGCGCGCGUGGCACCUGCAGCGCUGCAGCGCCGUGACCGCCGAGGGCCUGCAGGCCGCCUGCUCGUGGUUGACCCUGAGACUCCUGGAAGAGGCGAGGCCUGAGAUGCACGGCGUCGGCUCCGGCGGCCUCUGACGUGGCUACCCGACAGCCGCCCGCGCCCGUGGGAAAGAUUCGGGUCGGAGGAGAGUCUCCUGCGGAGGGCGGCCUCUGAGCCGCGCGCCCGCUGCUGCGGGCGGGGCUGGGCGCCGAACCUUCCGCUGUGCCGUCGGGGGCCGUCGGGGGCCGCGGCGCGGCGGCCUGCAGGAGAAGGAUCUCGCGAGAGCCCUGCGGCCGGGU